AUGUCUGACGUUGCCAAACCAGACCCCCAGACCACUGCGCCUGGAGCGACGCUCGUCAAGGACGAGACCGCGAAGGUCACGACCGAUAUUGCUGCCAACAAGCCCGAGACCGAGACCAAGGAUGACAAGCCAGUCACGGAGAAGGCCGCAGAGGCUGCUUCUUCGGCUGCGGCCGCAGUAAAGGACAAUGUCUUCUCCAUGUUUGGUGGCGGCCCAGCGAAGGUGAAGAAGGAGGAGGUUGAUGAUGUCAAUGAGCCAUCGGGCGCCUCAAAGCCCAAGGGCGAAGACGAGAACCCCGAGAACGAGGAACCCGACGUCGAUUUCGCACCCGUUGUCCACCUCACCGAGAAGGUCGACACCAAGACCAACGAAGAACUCGAGGAGCAAGUUUUCAAGAUGCGCGCCAAGUUGUUCAAGUUCGAUAGGGAUUCGCGGGAGUGGAAAGAGCGCGGCACUGGUGACGUUCGGUUACUCAAGCACAAGGAGAAUGGCAAGACUCGUCUUGUUAUGCGACGAGACAAGACGCUCAAGGUCUGCGCCAACCACUACGUUGUCCCGGAUAUGAAGCUUUCGCCCAACGUAGGCAGCGACCGCAGCUGGGUCUGGAACGCCGCUGCCGACGUCAGCGAGGGUGAGCCUGAGGCCCAAACCCUGGCGAUCCGUUUUGGCAACAGCGAGAAUGCCAACCUCUUCAAGGAGGCUUUCAUCAAGGCCCAGCAAGAGAACGAGGCACUUUUCGGCAACGCGGAGCCUUCGCCCGUCGAGGGCUACCCAAUGCGAACAUGGAGCAUAGAGAUCUGGCUGCUAGACGAUCAGGGCAACGAGGUCAUGCCGAACGUCUUCGAGAAGGCUACCUACAACCUACAUCCGUCCUUCGAUAAGAACAAGCAGGUAUUCAAGAAGCCGCCUUUCCGCAUCGAAGAGAAAGGCUGGGGAGAAUUCGACAUGAACAUCGUGCUCUCGGCUGUUGGCAAGGGCGGCGAUCACACGCUCGAGCAUGACCUCAACUUCCAGUCUGAGCGAUACGAGGCGAAGCAUCAAGUGACGUUCCGGAAUCCGAAACCAGAGCUGCUCGCCCUUCUCCAAGAAUCUGGCUCCGCCGACGCAAAUGGCAUCCGCGGCAAAGACGCAGCUAAGAAGAAGAAUAGGCGGGACAAGAACGUUGACAUGGAGAAGCUCGCCGAUGGCCUUCAGAAGCUAAGCGAGGAUGACCUGCUGCAUGUGGUGACGAUGGUGCACGACAACAAGACGAGUGAGACGUACACGAAGAAUGACGUUGAGAACGGCGAGUUCCACGUUGACCUCUACACGCUUCCCGACUCGCUAGUCAAGAUGCUGUGGGACUUCACGGCUUCGAAGACUGACUUAUAG